CCCCGGCAGCCCCAGGAAGCAGUUCAGGGCUUCCUGAGCAGCCCCGCCCCGGCCGGCCCGCGCCUCCCUCCGGUAGCCGGCCCAUCUCCCCGGGGCGCACGGCGAGGGCGCAGCCCGCAGCGCGCUCGGGAGCCGGGGACCCGGGUUCUGUGACGUUAACAGAGCAGCAAACAGAGCAGGGCAGAGAACGGAUCCUCUUUCCCCUCUGAACUCCGCAGCUCUGCUGCGGCCCCAUUACCAGGCGCCCCUGCAUCGCAGGCUGUACCUGGGUGCUUUGGCACCGAACCUCAUCAGUGGCAUGUGCUGGAGAGGAGCAAUACUUCCAGCAGCGCCAUGCCCACGGCACCCUUGAUCUGCAGUGAGACUGUGAGCAGAGUGAGCUCCGUGCUCAACCGAGACUCCAAGCAGUUCGGGAAGAAGCACAUGUUUGACGCGAGCGAGGAGACCUGCUGGAACUCGGACCAGGGCUCCUCCCAGUGGGUGAUGCUGGAAUUUCCACAGACUGUCAAGGUUUCCCAACUCCAGAUUCAGUUCCAGGGUGGAUUUGCAAGCCAGCUGUGUACACUGGAAGGUGGCAGAAAAGGUGAAGAACUUGUGAGGAUAUCAGACUUCUACCCUGAAGACAUCAAUGCCCUGCAGAGCUUCAGGACAGAAGAAACAAAGCUGGAUAAAUUGAAAAUCACCUUUGAGAACAGCACAGAUUUCUUUGGGAGAAUCAUCGUGUAUCACCUCAGCGUUCUUGGGGAAAAGCUCUAACUUGGGACAGGAAUGGCAGAACUGCAGCCCAUUACUCCGAGUGGGUUUGUUCCCCUUGUGUUUGAUCAACUGGCACUCUGUCUUCCCACCCUGUCCGAUAGAGCCCAGUGGCAUGAACUGGCACGAAGUGGCAUAUUUGUCUUGGCAGACAGCACCUCUUAUGAGGGAGGAGAGAUGCCAGACUUGUUCUGCAAUUGAAAUGUAGCCACUUGGAAGUAAACCAGGGAACGCUCAGACAGAAAACAGCCCUGGGCAUUAACAGAACAAGGCUGGGAUCCUGCCCCCUCCCCACCCAGCUGUGGCCUCUCAGGGGAUCUAAAGCCCCUGGGCGCACACCAUGGCGCUCAUGGGCUGCCAGCAUAGUGCAGACCAGUGCAUGACAAUCCACAUGCUGUAAUCUAGUGGCUUGUCACGUGGUGAAGCUCAUGUUUAAUGGCUGAAUAAAUGCUUCCCGCCUCCCGGACCACACUGGA